AUGGAGUCUACAACAGAGGGAGGAGGAAGAGGAGGAGGAGGAGGAGGAGGAGGAGGGCUGAGGGAGCUGGUUCUAAAGUGGUUUACAGAGACCCAGGCCCCUCUCAUUCUCCUUCAUAAUGGAAACUUUCCUGACUGGUUCCAAGGCUUCACCGCCAGAAAGUAAGUAUUGUAAAGCACCUCAGAGGGUGUUACUGUCCAUGCAUAACUGAGGAAUCAGGACAAGACAGGAAAGCGGUGGGAAUACAUAGAAUUGUCUUGGUGUUACUUUUAGCAGAUCAAAUCUCUGUUUUUAGAUAUUUUGAAAGGACUGAAAGUGUAUGAAGUUAUCUGAUUACUACUGUUACAUAGUGUGGAUGCCUCACUGUUAAUUGAAUAUAGUAAUACACUAUAGAUUCAAACCACAGCCUCUGAAACAGGCAGAAAGAAUGAUCAUUUUAGCCUCUUUCUCUCAGGUGAUUGUCAUUUGUCAGCGAGUCUUUGUAUAAACGUGAGAGAGCAAGACAGAGACAGAAGCUAGGUUUCCAUCCAAUCGGCAACAGAUUUUCAUGCGAACGUUCUAAAAUCCACAUAAAAAACAUUUUCCCCACCAGAGAUGUUCCCAUCAAAUGUGACUUGUUGCAGAUCAAAUGCUGUGCUUGAUGACGUAUUUUCACAAAAUUAUAUACCUUUUUUUGUCAUUAAAUUCUCACGUACCGAAUAAAAAAUACAAGUUAAAUGGGUUUCCAUCACAUUUUCACACAAAAGUGUCCCACUCUGGUUUUGGCAUGAGCACUCUAGCCAACAGCUCUAUCUGCGGGCUGUUGGGUAGAGCGUUCAGUUUGUAAAGCAACACGAUGAGAUUAUUAUUAUUUACAAAAGAGAGAGAUUAUUUGUAUUUGUCAAACGUCAGCCAAGCAUCGAUCAUCAUGUCAUCAGAAUAAGACCAUCGAUAUUUUAUUGGAAAGGAGCAUCAAGCUCAUCACCUUGCACUUUCACCACCCCGUGAAGUUCAUCAUCAUUUAUUUAAUCUGUAGCCUAAUAAACUGCAUGCUUUCCCGACGAGUCGUAGUGGGAGGACCACACAUGUCAUCGCGUGACUCGUAAAAGUGUUUCCACCGACAUUUCUCGCAUAAUUACUUUAACUGACACAAAAAGAUCCCACCAUGUCUAGCUUAUUUUGUUUUGUCGACAUUUUGAAAGUUUACCGAAACUUUUUCUGUUUUCAUCAGGCCUGUCAUGACGUUUUUUUAUCUGACAUGUACUUUACUGGCAUAAAAAGGUUGGAUGUAAACCUGUUUAGAGAGAGAGAGAGAGAGAGAGAGAGAGAGAGAGAGAGAGAGAGAGAGAGAGAGAGAGAGAGAGAGAGUGAGAGAAAGAGAGAGAGAGAGAGAGAAAGAGGGCGAGAGAUAGAGAGAUGAAGAGGGCGAGAGAGAGAGAGAUGAAGAGGGAGAGAGAGAGGGGGGAGAGAGAUAUAGAGAUAAAGAGGGAGAGAGAGAGAUAAAGAGGGAGAGAGAGAGCAGGGUAAACAAUGUGUAACAAUGUGCUAUACAUUAUAUUAGACCUAAUCUUCCUGUGACAUCAGUGACAGUGUAUAUUGUUCGUUACUUCCUCCCUUUGUGUCAGGGAAGCAGAGGAUCAGCUGAGAGAUACGCCUCUGGGAUGUUUUCUUAUCAGACUCAGUGACAAAGCCAUCGGAUACAUCCUCUCAUACAAGUGAGUAUUAGUACUGGUUCGGUUACCUAAGACACUUCAUAACAAACAUUAUAAUUCCUUUAAAAACAAAAUGUGCGAGCAUAGCCUACAGUGGGUUGGCUGGUUUUAAAGAUUGCAAUUGCAUGUGGUUUUUAAUCGAAUAAAUAAACAGGAAGCAUAUUUAGAUUGUUCACCAAAACAAGGUCUGUAGUCAGUAAUGUAUGUUCUCAUGACAUCUCACUUCACUAACCCUGUAUUCUUCCUCAGAGGACAAGACCGCUGCCGCCAUUUUGUGAUCAACCAGGACCAAGCUGGGCUGUUCAUUAUCUCCGGGGACGACCAACCUCACCACAGCCUCACAGAUCUGAUAGAGCACUACAGAGUCAAUCCCAUCCAGCCCUUUGGAGAGUACCUCACCUCUACAUACUGUUGUCAGGUAGGAAUACCAAUAACAUUACAGAGUACCUCAUCUCUACAUACUGUUGUCAGGUAGGAAUACCAAUAACAUUACAGAGUACCUCACCUCUACAUACUGUUGUCAGGUAGGAAUACCAAUAACAUUACAGAGUACCUCACCUCUACAUACUGUUGUCAGGUAGGAACACCAAUAACAUUACAGAGUACCUCAUCUCUACAUACUGUUGUCAGGUAGAUGGGAGAUGAUGGAAUAGGGCCAGUCUGAAACAGCACACUAUUCCCUACAUAAACUAGUGUGUAACUAUUGUCCCUAGUGCACUGUGUUUGGCAUACUCCUGAGUGGCGCAGUGGUCUAAGGCACUGCAUCGCAGUGCUAACUGUGCCACUAGAGAUCCUGGUUCGUAUCCAGGCUCUGUCGCAGCCGGCCGCGACCGGGAGACUCAUGGGCGGCGCACAAUUGGCCCAGCGUCGUCCAGGGUAGGGGAGGGAAUGGCCGGCAGGGAUGUAGCUCAGUUGAUAGAGCAUGGCGUUUGCAACGCCAGGGUUGUGGGUUCAAUUCCCUCGGGGGGCCAGUAUAAAAAAUAUAUGUAUUCACUAACUGUAAGUCGCUCUGGAUAAGAGCGUCUGCUAAAUGACUAAAAUGUAAUGUAAAUGUAAAUAGGGAGUCAUUUCAGACACAGCUUGUACACUCCCUGAGGUGGUCUAUAGUAUAUCUAUAGUACUAGUGGCUAAUGAUUACAACAACCUGCUCCACUGUGCUAUACAACUCCAUUUGUAUUUUUUUUGUAUACUUCCUUGUUUACCAAAAGCAGAGCCAGUCCUUCACGGUUUGGAACAGUUUGGUUAAAGUGUAACCUUGUCUGAUAGAGGAAGCCCGUGGUGCCCCUUGUGUUGUGUCUAUCAGUGGUCUGUGUUUAGUCCAGCCCAGGAGAGCUGUAUGACGUGGUGCACUUUGAGGCCAAAGGCAAAACCGGUGGGGUCAGUGUCCGAGCCCUGAGAAGUUACUGGGACCAGCAGAACCAACAGAAGAAUGAUCAGCACCAACAGAACGACCAUCGAAAGGACCAUCACAAUGACCCGUGGAAUGACCAGCACCAAUGGAACGACCUGCCGCCAACUAGGAAGCCCCCUGCACUGCCACCCAAGACCAACAACAGGAAGUUGACAUCAACAGUAUCCAUUGGCAGGAAGUCCCUCCCACAGGUACGGUAGGCUAAACGCUACGAUGGCUGAAGUCAGGGUUAUAAGCAAUGGUGUAAUAACAUGUUAUUGCCUGACAGGGUCAUGGCUUGUAGUGUGCAGUGCAUUAAGCAUUUCCAAUAAUAUCAUCUUCAGAUCAUCUUUACCAUAGCAAAUUUCAUACAGAAGUAUUGUAAACACUAACACAAUGUAUUUCCUGUGUUUUGUCUUUAGCAAGCAGUACCCCCAGUACCAAGGAGAGGCCCACCUCUGACCCACUCUCUGAGUGGAACCUUGCAUGACAAGAGCACGUCCCAAACCCAAUACGCUGAAAUACACCAUGACCAGAACAAGACCACAUCUCACGGUCAAACCCAAUACGCUGAAAUACAUACUAACCAAACCAAGACCACAUCUCACGGUCAAACCCAAUACGCUGAAAUACACCAUGACCAAACCAAGACCACAUCUCACGGUCAAACCCAAUACGCUGAAAUACACCAUGACCAAACCAAGACCACAUCUCACGGUCAAACCCGAUACGCCGAAAUACACCAUGACCAAACCAAGACCACAUCUCACGGUCAAACCCAAUACGCUGAAAUACACCAUGACCAAACCAAGACCACAUCUCACGGUCAAACCCAAUACGCUGAAAUACACCAUGACCAAACCAAGACCACAUCUCACGGUCAAACCCAAUACGCUGAAAUACACCAUGACCAAACCAAGACCACAUCUCACGGUCGAACCCAAUACGCUGAAAUACACCAUGACCAAACCAAGACCACAUCUCACGGUCAAACCCAAUACGCUGAAAUACACCAUGACCAAACCAAGACCACAUCUCACGGUCAAACCCAAUACGCUGAAAUACACCAUGACCAAACCAAGACCACAUCUCACGGUCAAACCCAAUACGCUGAAAUACAUUCUAACCACAACAAAGCGGACAGACUGGCCAGCACUGGGAGUCUGAACCAGAGGAGAAGCACCAGCCCCUGUGGAGGAGGUGGAGGUCCCUGGUCCCUCAACACCACUGAGUCUAGUCACCGUGACAUUGGUAAUAACAACUCCACAGUAGCAGGAGGAGGAGGUGGAGGAGGAGGAGGAGGAGGAGGAGGAGGUGGAGGAGGAGGAGGAGGAGGAGGAGGUGGAGGAGGAGGAGGAGGAGGAGGAGGAGGUGGAGACGUGUACUCUGAGCUGACCCUGUCGGAUGGACGGAGCCGCUCGCUACCCCGCCUGGACGACACCACGGAGGAGGAGGAGGAGGAGGCGGGGCAGUACUCCAACAGGAUAAACAUCCCCUCCUUCACCCCCACCUCUCACUCCCCCAAUCCCCCCAAGAGGGUCACCUGCCACGCCUACUCUCUUCAGGACCCCAGGGAGAGCCCCUGGCCACGGCUCCACGGUGGACCACACAGCCUGGAUCAGCUGAGCACCAACCCACUCUACCAGGCCUCUGUUGGGCUUGGCGAGGGCCAGGACGCCCACUGGAAGGGACCAGAGAAGCAGAGAGAAGGGGACCAUGGUUGGAGCCAUAACCCCCAGGACCAGACUCCCCAGCAGGAGGAUAGUAUGUAUGCAGAGGUUCCAGAGUGUCCAUCUUCUCCCCGUCAUCUGAUUGCUGACAACACCUAUGAGCAGAUCCCAGGGGACGGUGGCCUGAAGGGGACGCAAAGCACCGCCACAGCCCAGGAGGGAAACACCUAUGAGAUUCUGGAGGAACUGAAGGCCAAGGAGUCUACUUGGGGCAAGAAG